AUGGAUAACUACAACUUGUCAUUUUCAGAUAGUUGGUCCGUUGAGAAUGAUGUUCUUAGUGGGGAGGGCGUCUCCCAUAAUUUUCGUGACUAUACACCCGAAUUCACAACUCACCAGAUUUUUCAAAGUAGAGACGACAUGGUAGCUUGGGUGCGAAGAGUCGGUAAAGACAAUGGUAUUGUUAUUGUUAUUAAGAAAUCUGCUAGUUUAAUUGGUGGCAAGCUGUCAAAGUGCAUUCUUAGUUGUGAAAGAAGUGGGAAGUAUAGAUCGGCAUGGAAUGCAGUUGAAGGGCAAUCCUCGCAAAAGAAUACUGGGACAAAAAAAUGCGAGUGCCCAUUUGAGCUGCGAGGUAUACCAAUACCUCCAGCGGGUAUCAUGUGGGGUGUAAGGGUUGAAUGUGGUAUCCAUAACCAUGAAACAGCUGAAUAUUUUGAUGGGCAUGGGUACCCGUCAAGGUUAACACUAGAGGAGAAAGAAAUUGUGCGCGACAUGGCGGACAACACAGCACCUCGUGAAAUUCUUAGUGUUUUAAAGAAAAAAAAUCCGUUAAACACUACAUGUGCCCAAAGCAUAUACAACCUCAAAUAUACGGAUAACAUAGCAGAACUAGACGGUUUAAAUCCUACCCAGUUUGUCUUGAAUCAACUAAUACAUAAAAGAUACCUCCAUGAAUAUCGUACAAAUCCAUACACCAACGAAAUCACUGAUAUUGUUUGGGUUCAUCCUCAAAGCCUAGACUUAUUUGUGAACUUUCCGUCCGUAUUGGUUAUUGAUGCCACAUACAAGACCAACGAGUACCGGUUACCACUAUUGGAGGUUGUAGGUAUCACAUCCACAAUGUGCACUUACUCUCUCAUGUUUGCACAUCUUACAAAUGAGAGGAUAGAGAACUUGACUUGGGCCCUGAGUACCUUAAAGAAAUGGAUGCUUGGAAGGGGGGCAUUGUUGCCAUCGGUGUUUGUUACAGAUCGAAAUUUGGCGCUUCUUAGCACCAUUGAAGCAUGUUUUCCCUCGGCACGUCACAUUCUUUGCAUUUGGCACAUCAACCAAUGCAUAAUAAAGCACUGCAGAGGGGUCCUUGGUCCGUCGUUUAACGACUUUAACAUGUCAUGGCACUCGCUUAUUAAUUUUACGACCGAAGCAUCUUUCAAUCAGAAGUGGAAUGCCAUGUGCGAUGACUAUAAACAACACCCGCAGCUCUUACAAUACCUUUUCAAUACAUGGUUAAUGCCGUACAGAGAUAGGUUUGUGGCAGCAUGGAUAAAUACGUGUAUGCACCUCGGAAGGAAUUCAAGUCAGAGGGCAGAGUCCGCACAUGCGAGGCUGAAGCUAUAUUUGGGGGGUACUAUGUCAUCCUUACAACAAGCUUUUAAGAAAAUAGACAAGAUGUUGAAAAAUCAGUUCGGGGACAUUCGGAGGUCAUUUCAGAGAUCUAUCAACAUCCCCCGCCAUUGGCAAAUACAUACCGAACUUUUUCAACAAGUAAGAACUCGCAUUUCAUUAGAGGCAAUGGAGCUCAUCAAUGUUCAACUACAAUGCGCUGAAGAUGCAUCCUACCUCCAGUUCCAGUUGUGCGAUUGUACAAUAAAAAUUACGCACGGAUUGCCAUGCAGACAUGAUCUUGCAUAUUACCAUUGGUACUCCAUGCCAAUUCCGAUUCAGAGUAUUCACGAUCAUUGGACUAAGUUGUCCAUGCGUGCGCCCAUUGUGAAUGACGACGGAGAACGACCGGACAGAACAUAUGAAGUUGUAGACAGAUUACGUGGGAUGGAUCAAUCUACCCGAGAGCACAUGAUAGACAGGAUUAUUGAUAUGACGGAUCCAUCUCAGAGCACAGUUCGAGGCCCAUCUUAUAACACGGCUCAUAGAGGUCGACCUACUGGUAGAGAGGAGCAAAGUGGACGACGCAUUCCUUCCUUUACAGAAAUAUCGACUUCAUCAUCUAGGAUCGAAUCUGGGAGACGUGGGAGGGGCGAGGGAGUUCGCAAAACUCAAGCGAACCGUGAUGAAUUUUCAGUUCCAUCCAUCCGUAUCGACUACAUUCAGCAUUUACCUCGAGCUUAUCAGCAUUACAUUUCUCACAUUAAUGACGUCCGAGGUGACGGUCAUUGUGGAUUUAGGGCGAUAGCCGCUCACAUAGGGUAUGGUGAAGAUCGUUGGGCUCAAGUUCGAAGAGAUCUCAUUAAUGAGAUUGAACAAAAUAUGGAUCUAUGUAAUGCGCUAUAUCCAGAAAUAGGUUGGGCAAACUACCUAAUACGGUCUUUAAAUUACUUUGAAGAUUCGGCACCAGAUGAGUAUUGGAUGGAUGCUAUGAGUAUGGGAGUUGUCAUCGCUUCGGCGUACAACCUUGUUCUGCAUACAUUUGAUGCGCUUCCUUCAGGUUGUUUUACUCACUUCCCAUUGAGAUCCCCUCCAGUUCCAGCCCAAGAGCGCAUUGAAAUAGCUAUUGCCCGUGUUGGGAACAAUCAUUUUGUGCAACUUUUCUUGCAGCCUCAUUACCCUGUACCACCCUAUCCAAUAUGGUGGUGGAACAAUUCAUCAGACGAAGCUAAAAGAUAG